AUGCCGUCGAACUCCGUGGCCCUGACGCCUGGGCUGGCGUCCUUUCUCAAGUCCUUGAAGACGAACCCCAUUGAGACAUCUAUCGAUAACCUGGUAUCGUUGCUCAAACGGAGACAAAUCCGUCUGUCACGAUCAUGUGCGAUCGCUACUGCCUACCUCCUUCUCCGGGUCGUGUCUGCCUUCAGAACCACCGAUGCUGCCAAGUUGAUCGAGCGGGUCCAGAGUGUUGGACGGCGGUUGAUGGCCGCGCAGCCGCGAGAGUUGGUUGUGGGAAAUAUUGUGAGGCGGGUUCUGGGUUUGAUCCGCGAUGAAGCAGAAGAUGACAGAGACGGCGAGUUCUCCAUCGCGAGCGAGGCGGGUUCGGACAGUCGGCCUCUCACUCCUCAUGGCGCCGAGAGCCAUUCACCUCCACGGUCUCAUGGUGGCCAGGACGAGCAUAUGCUGCCAGUGCAUGAUAAGGACAUUCUGUCUCUCCGCCACGAAGGCUCCGAGCGGUCGUCAUCCCGGCCGCCUUUGUCUUUGUUUGCCUCUGCGCAAGCUCCCCCGGUCACUUCCAUGUUCAGUCUCCUCCAACAUCCAGAAGCUGAAUCUCCUCAGCCCAGCUCCCCGGGCACGGCAUCGCCGUCGGGAAGAUUCGGACAUGGUCAGCACAAGGACGUUCGUGCAGAGGUCCUGGACGGGAUCGGUGAGAUUAUCGAUGAACUAGGACAGGUGGAUGAUCAAAUUGCCGGAUAUGCGUUGGAACACAUACACUCCAACGAGGUCAUCCUCACUCAUACGUCCUCCUCAACCGUGCAGAAGUUUCUGCUCAAGGCAGCCGCCAAACGUAAAUUCACAGUUAUAAUUGCCGAGUCCUAUCCGAAUAAUCACGAAGCUACCCAUGCCCGAGUCACCGGGAACAAAGAGGGUGACGAAGAGAAUAUGUCCACAGAGUCAUUUCAGAAGCCGUUGAUCGCGUUAGGGAUUACGGUCAUCCUCAUCCCGGACUCCGCAGUGUUUGCCAUCAUGUCUCGAGUCAACAAAGUCAUUCUGGGAACACACUCCGUCCUGGCGAACGGCGGACUGGUCGCCGCAGCUGGCACCCGGGUUAUUGCCAGAGCCGCCAAGGUCCACCAGACGCCCGUUGUUGUGGUCAGCGGCAUCUACAAGCUGAGCCCUGUUUAUCCUUUCGACUACGAGUCUUUGAUUGAGCACGGAGACCCGAGCAAGGUUAUCGGAUACGAAGACGGUGACCUGGUGGACAAGAUUGACGUCGAAAACCCGCUUUACGACUAUGUGCCGGCCGAAUUGAUAGAUCUUUAUAUCACGAACCUGGGAGGCCAUGCACCAUCUUACUUGUACCGUAUUGUCUCGGAUCAUUACCGAAAGGAGGAUAUUACUUUAUAG